AAACACUUCAUCGCGUGGAGGGUGCAGGACAUUUCAGUGCUCUCCUAUAUAAGAUCGGGGUUGGGCAGGGGUGGCCAGCGGUGGCAGAGGGAUGUCUUGUCUUUUCUCCAAAAGGAAGGUGGGUAGUUUGGAGAGAGAUUGAGAGGGUGAACGUGGAAGCCAAGCAGCUGCACUCUCAUUUAGUAAAUUGAGGACCUUUUGCACAGCUUAUGCUUGCAUACCUAAUCCUACUACAACGUCUCCGAAAACACCUCUUGGGGGAAGGUUUGGUUUCUCCUCUCGAACAGUCUCAGUGUUUUUCCUCGCCGGAUAGGGAGCUGCUUGGAUGCGAAGAGAUGGCAUGAUGUGAAUGACUCCAGUGUGAAGAAAUCUGCUUCGCCAACUCAUCCUGCAUCAAGUGCCCAUUGAGUAGCACUGUCACUUUAAUGUCUCCAUGCCAAGGGAUUGCUUUCCUUCGUUUCAAUCCUCUCGAUUAAUACAUGGGAGGAUCAGAAUCAGAGGGGCAUUAAGGAUCAAGCCUUGGGGGCUUGGAGAGUGCAGAAGAAAAAAAUGAAAGUGACAGCAAGCUGGACCUGUUUUACCUGAGGGGGUGAGAUCUGGAACUUCUGGUCCAUUAAAUCAAAAAGGGCCUUUAAGUCUGUGUUCUGCCAGAGAAAACUGUUCAAAUUCCGCACCUUUUUUAGAGAUCAGACUCCAAGAGGUUUUUAAAAGUAUUUUUUGAAAGGGGGAAUUUAAUAUUUUCUCUAAGAAUUGAGGAUCUUUAUCAUCAACCAAUUCGUCUUUUAAUUCGAUAAUUUAUAAAGUAAUGGGACAGCUGUCUAAAUUUGGUUUGUGCCUUAAUUGAGUUGGUCAUUGAACUUUCAAAAAUGUUACUGCCUGAAGAGGAAUUUUUAUAACAUUUCCUAUGCUUUUCUCAGCUUAAAAAAAAAAGUACGUCUUUUACAAAAAUUGAAAACACUCUAAACACUGGGCAGUAUAGAAAGUUUAGCUGUGGAAAAAAAUACAUCAUUAUUUUCUUUAUCUGAAAUAGAAGACUCGGCUUGGAUUUCAAAAUUGAAGGGUGAAGUGGUUUGCAACAGUUACCUGGCUCUUGGCCACAAUCCAGCUGGAUCAAGCAGAGACUUGAAAAGAGAUCUUGAAUCCGGUGGCAGUGAAAGACCCAAGAAUGCCAGUGAAGAAGAAAGAUACUGACCGAGCCUUAUCGUUAUUGGAAGAAUACUGCAAAAAAUUAAGAAAACCAGAGGAGCAGCUGUUGAAAAAUGCUGUUAAAAAGGUGAUGAGUAUAUUUAAGAGCAGCUUAUUCCAAGCUUUACUAGAUAUUCAAGAAUUUUAUGAGGUGACACUACUAAAUUCCCAAAAAAGUUGUGAACAAAAGAUUGAAGAAGCCAAUCAAGUUGCACAGAAAUGGGAUAAGACAUCUAUUCUUGCUUCAUGCCAUGACAGUCUUCAAAAAUCUGCAGAGCUUACAGUUUGGGGUGGACCAAAGGAGAAUGCUUCAUGUAUUGAGCAAAAUAAAGAAAAUCAGUGUUUUGAGAAUGAAACUGAUGAAAAGUCAAGUCAAAACCAAGGCAAAUGCCCAGCCCAGAAUUGUUCAGUGGAAGCCCCUGCUUGGAUGCCUGUACAUCACUGUACUAAGUAUCGAUAUCAAGAUGAGGAUGCUCCACAUGAUCAUUCCUUGCCUCGGCUAACUCAUGAAGUAAGAGGUCCAGAACUUGUGCAUGUAUCAGAAAAGAACCUGUCCCAAAUAGAAAAUGUCCAUGGAUACGUUUUACAGUCGCACAUUUCUCCCCUGAAGGCCAGCCCUGCUCCUAUAAUUGUCAACACAGAUACUUUGGACACGAUUCCUUAUGUCAAUGGGACAGAAAUUGAAUAUGAAUUUGAAGAAAUUACACUGGAGAGGGGGAAUUCUGGACUGGGAUUCAGUAUUGCUGGAGGGACAGAUAAUCCCCACAUUGGAGAUGACCCUGGCAUAUUUAUUACGAAGAUUAUACCCGGAGGUGCUGCAGCAGAGGAUGGCAGACUCAGGGUCAAUGAUUGUAUCUUGCGGGUGAAUGAAGUGGACGUGUCAGAGGUUUCCCACAGUAAAGCGGUGGAAGCUCUCAAAGAAGCAGGGUCUAUUGUCCGGUUGUAUGUGCGUAGAAGACGACCCAUUUUAGAGACCGUUGUGGAAAUCAAGCUGUUCAAAGGGCCUAAAGGUUUAGGCUUCAGUAUUGCAGGAGGUGUGGGGAACCAGCACAUUCCUGGAGACAACAGCAUUUAUGUGACAAAAAUUAUAGAUGGUGGAGCUGCACAAAAAGAUGGAAGGUUGCAAGUAGGAGACAGACUACUAAUGGUAAACAACUACAGUUUAGAAGAAGUGACACAUGAAGAAGCAGUAGCAAUAUUGAAGAACACAUCUGAUGUAGUUUAUCUAAAAGUUGGCAAACCUACCACCAUUUAUAUGACUGAUCCUUAUGGUCCACCUGAUAUUACUCACUCUUAUUCUCCACCAAUGGAAAACCAUCUACUCUCUGGCAACAAUGGCACAUUAGAAUACAAAACCUCCCUGCCGCCCAUCUCUCCAGGAAGGUACUCGCCAAUUCCAAAGCACAUGCUUGUUGAAGAUGACUACACCAGGCCGCCGGAACCUGUUUACAGCACUGUGAACAAACUGUGUGAUAAGCCUGCUUCUCCCAGGCACUAUUCCCCUGUUGAGUGUGACAAAAGCUUCCUUCUCUCAGCUCCCUACCCCCACUACCAUCUAGGCCUGCUCCCUGACUCUGAGAUGACCAGUCAUUCCCAACACAGCACUUCGACCCGUCAGCCUUCAGUGACUCUCCAACGGGCCAUCUCCCUAGAAGGGGAGCCACGCAAGGUGGUCCUGCACAAAGGCUCCACUGGCUUGGGCUUCAACAUUGUGGGCGGGGAAGAUGGAGAAGGUAUUUUUGUGUCUUUCAUUCUGGCGGGUGGACCAGCAGACCUGAGUGGGGAGCUCCAGAGAGGAGACCAGAUCCUAUCGGUGAAUGGCAUUGACCUCCGUGGAGCAUCUCAUGAACAGGCAGCUGCUGCAUUAAAGGGAGCUGGACAGACGGUGACCAUUAUAGCACAAUAUCAACCUGAAGAUUACGCUCGAUUUGAGGCCAAAAUCCAUGACCUACGGGAGCAGAUGAUGAACCACAGCAUGAGCUCCGGGUCUGGGUCCCUGCGAACCAAUCAGAAACGCUCCCUCUAUGUCAGAGCCAUGUUUGACUAUGACAAGAGCAAAGACAGUGGGCUGCCAAGUCAAGGACUUAGCUUUAAAUACGGAGAUAUUCUCCAUGUUAUCAAUGCCUCUGAUGAUGAGUGGUGGCAAGCCAGAAGAGUCACGCUGGAGGGAGACAGCGAGGAGAUGGGCGUCAUCCCUAGCAAACGGAGGGUGGAAAGAAAAGAACGUGCCCGAUUGAAGACAGUGAAGUUUAAUGCAAAACCUGGAGUGAUUGACUCAAAAGGGUCAUUCAAUGACAAGCGUAAAAAGAGCUUCAUCUUUUCACGAAAAUUCCCAUUCUACAAGAACAAGGAGCAGAGUGAGCAGGAAACCAGUGAUCCUGAACAACAUGUUUCUUCUAAUGCCAGCGAUAGCGAAAGUAGCUACCGAGGGCAAGAAGACCUCAUUCUUUCCUAUGAGCCUGUCACAAGGCAGGAAAUAAACUAUACCCGGCCAGUGAUUAUCCUGGGCCCCAUGAAGGAUCGAAUCAAUGACGACUUGAUAUCUGAAUUUCCUGAUAAAUUUGGCUCCUGUGUGCCUCAUACUACAAGGCCGAAGCGUGACUAUGAAGUGGAUGGGAGAGACUAUCACUUUGUCAUUUCCAGAGAACAAAUGGAGAAAGAUAUUCAAGAGCACAAAUUUAUAGAAGCUGGCCAGUACAAUGACAAUUUAUAUGGAACCAGUGUGCAGUCUGUGAGAUUUGUAGCAGAAAGGGGAAAACACUGUAUCCUUGACGUAUCAGGAAAUGCUAUCAAGCGAUUACAAGUUGCUCAGCUCUAUCCUAUUGCCAUCUUCAUAAAGCCCAAGUCUCUGGAACCUCUAAUGGAGAUGAAUAAACGUCUGACAGAGGAGCAAGCCAAGAAAACCUAUGAUCGAGCAAUUAAGCUAGAACAAGAAUUUGGAGAAUAUUUUACAGCUAUUGUCCAAGGAGACACCUUAGAAGAUAUAUAUAACCAAUGCAAGCUUGUAAUUGAAGAGCAAUCUGGGCCUUUCAUCUGGAUUCCCUCAAAGGAAAAGUUAUAAAUUAGCUACUGCGCCUCUGAUGACAGAAGAGCAUUUAGAAGAACAAAAUAUAUAUAAUAUACUACUUGGAGGCUUUUAUGUUUUUGUUGCAUUUAUGUUUUUGCAGUCAAUGUGAAUUCUUAUGAAUGUACAACACAAACUGUGUGAAGCCAUGAAGGAAACGGAGGGGCCAAAGGGUGGGACAGAAAGGACACUGCAGAAUGCAGGAAGGCUUUGGUUUGCUCAAAGUACCAGGUGUAGGGAUGAACCUCUGACAGGCUUUCUGCCCAAGAGAUGGGCAGCCUCCUCACCCCAGCAGAUGUCCAGAGCUGAUUUAGCUGCUGAGCUCUCUGUGUUUUUUUGCUUUAAAGAAAAGUUGCCAGCACUUGAACCUCACCAAUCUUCCCAUUUCCCACAUCUGUAAUUGGUAUUCUUCGAGUUUUAUAACUAUGCACAUCCUUUGAUUUCUUAACAAGCAAAGGAAAUAAAGAAGGAAAAAAAAGAAAGGAGUCCCUCUGGAGACGACAUACUAUCAGGGAAGGAUAAUUGUAUAGUUUUCUUGACUGGCAUCUGCAAAGACAAGCAUUUCAUAAAAUUCACAAGUGUAUGGAGGACUAACCUUAUAAGAGGAGGGGAUUCCACCUGGGAUUAGCUUUAUGAUUGUUGAUUGUCUAUUUUGCCAUUUAUAAACUGAAAGAAGGCACUACAGAUGAGAAUAAUUUAUACAAUAAAAUAUAUUAAAUGUAUAGAAACGAAUUUCUAUAGGUUAAAAAAGUUUUGUGAAAUAUUUUGUAAAGACUAAUUAAUUGAAAGACUAAAUGUAUGCAUUAUCAGCAGAUGAUCAAAUUCAAGAACUGGAAGUUGCACUCUCCCUUUUGUUGCCAAUGAUCCAUUAAGAGCAUCUGAGUUCCUUCCAAGUCUGACUUCUCCCUCACUUACCUCCCAUGAUCUCCCUUGCACACUAGUGAUACACUCUUAUGGAGCACAUCCCUUAAUGAGUUGCCCUUAUGGAUAUUUUUUAGAAGAUAUUUGGUUAAUAUACUUUUUAACUGAUGGCUUUUCAGAGAAAAACUCAAGCAAAUGAUCUAAAGGGAAUUCUUGCUUUUCUCUAGUUAAAUAACCUGGGCCCACCAUGCAAAUAGUUGAAUAACUUUGUUCCUAGUUACUUGCUUACUUGGUUACUUAAAGGACCAUUUAGUAUUCUGGCCAGCCAUGAGUAAUUAGAAUUAUUCUUUUUUUGUUGCACAGAGUAAUUUAGAGUUUUGUAACAGCCAGAGUUGGUGUUAGAACCAUGGGGAGAUCUGUCCCAAUAUGCACUAUUUCUUUGAGGAAGAGAGAAGUAAGUGUCUGGUUGGAGGGGUGAGGGGUUCAGGCUUUUUUGUUUCAGUAUAUAGGACAAAGAGAACCACAAGGAAAGACAAUUAUGACUUUGAGCUCAACCAAUUGAACUGCCUUCCUUGGGGAUGCACCUGGACCAAGUUUAUUUUUUAAUAAUUAUAAUGAUGAUUUUAAAAAAAAGAAACCUCCCAAAGCCUAUAAACUGAAACAGAAGAGUUUGUUUCCCACUUUAGAGCUGAUGGUGACAUCAGCGUUGGUUUUGCCUAAGGUGUUUAGAGAGAGACUUUUCAGUGAUAUUAAUAACCACUUAACUCUGGGUUCUGUGCAUGCCCAGAUUAAGCCCCAUCGCCUUAUUUCUGGGGUACAUCAAGACCUGGCAGGGAUUCUGCCACACUGUGCAGCAAACCAGCAUGUAGGCUGGGGUGGGAGAGCAAAAGAUAGAGUCAUCAGAGUGAUGGGGCUUCUUCACAGUAAGAACACUGGAGCUCAAAAAUGAGAGUCUCUUUCCAAAAACAAGGGUUGUUCAUCUUACACUAAAUGCCAUUGUCUGCCUGGCUGCAGUCAUCAAAACAAACACAAAAAUGCAAAAUUAUGCAUCUACCUAAAGAGGCUGCCUUUGCCAAUGGAAGGGCUAGCAAUGCAUUUUCCCUCUGUUGAAAGUUAAAUUUCCAGAGACAUCCUUAGAGUGCUCAAAAUGUUAAAGAUGUGUUCAUAUCUGCAACUCGCCAGUUUCAGGUCAAGGCCAACUUUCAUCAUUAUUGCUCCCAAAAGUUUUCUGCCACCAGAAUGCCAUUCCUGAUCCCAGCUCUAUUUUUAGGCCACCAUGAUAACUUCUUUGGUUUCUCAACUGAGCAUGCAACCAUUUAUUUAGAGGACUGUCAUUAAUGAGUAGAUGUUUUCUUGGGUCGUGUGAUGUGCUUUCCAUUUAAUAGUAUUGCUGUGGCUGAGUACAAUCAAAUUGAACCACCAACCCUUGGUUUUGUAGUAAUAUAUUUAUUUUCCUAGUGUAGAUGCUUCCAGAUUAGAAUUGGCAUUUGCACUGAUUUUUUAUGUAGAUUUAUAUAAAUAUAGAUAUACAUAUAUAUUUGCUUGAAAAAUCACCAAGCGAAUUGGUGAGAGGGUCUUUUCCUAUAGAAUUUACACCUCCAUUUGUUGUGUUGUCUUGCGCUUCCCAAUGUUGAGGUCUCUAUGGCUCCAAUGAACUGGUGUAUUUUGCAGCAAAUCUAAUGACUUGAAUGGAAAUGAAAUGAAAGGUACCCAGAUUACAUCUGGUGCAAAUGCACUUGGAGCCUGGGGCCAGACUGGUGCUAACAUUGCAAACUUUGUCCGGAGCUCUCUCCAAUCUGAAGGCUUGCUGGGGGCGCAAUGUCACCUUCAUAUGCUGGGCCCUUUCCGAAAAGUGCCAGAUCGUGUCACUGGUGCUAUUUUUCAUGCUCUGGUACAAUGUGUAGCACCACGGGGGUCUCAGCUCUACCAAAAUCAAAAUCCCACUUGUCAGCCAAUUGCUGGGGCAUUUGGUUUUUUUGCUUUCCUCCUGCAGGAUUUCUUGGCCAUUUAUUUUCAGGCCUUUCUCCCAGCCCCAAAUUCUUAGGUUGGCUCUAUCUGCUUAGCAAGCCCAUCUUUACAAAGCUGCACUCGGGUGCCUCUGUGAGCUGUCUUAGAUCCUACUGCCAGCCCUUCUGGACGCUGAGCCAAGGGAAAGCUUUCUGCAUCUCUGGUUCUUCUGCUUUUUUGUUUUUCCUUUCCUCAUUCUUUCCCAGUGCUCACCUCUUCCUAUCUCAUCCUAUCCCUCUUUGUGUUUUUCCUGGCUUCUUGAAGCCACUGAUCUUGUCCUAUAACCCUCCUUCACUCCCUCCCUGUUCUUUGUCCACCUCCCCUUUAGUCUCUCUCAAUGCCCUUUUUAUACCUUUCCUGUCCUCUCCUCUCAUCCCAUCUCUGGUCAACUCUUCUCCUACACCCCCUUCCUUAAUUUUUCUGUCCUAUAAAGGGCUUAUGGCUGCUUCAGACAGCAAGUCCAUACACUGGACUAAUGACAUAUAUACUUGGGGUCACCAUUUUUCCUACUCAGCCCAGAAAGCAAAGCUGAGUGUGAGGCCCUGACCUGGAGCCAACUCCAGCGUGCCUCCCGGAGCCAGCCUGCACCGCUGCCCUGGUAGCGAUGAUGCAUGUGCUGUGGGCCCUGCCAGCACCUGGGUACCUCUGCCUGAACCCUAGUCCUACACGAGCUCACUCCCAAGACCACCCCGAGUCUCUGAGGACACUUCCUUUCAGUAAAGGCAGACUCUGGCCCCAACAAUUAUUCUGACAGCAAACCUCUUCCUUCUCAUUGAAGCCAUGUCAUCGCCUUGGUUUGGAGAGAGAUGAUUUUUUCCUCCUACUUUCUUUUUCCCAUUUUCAUGUGAAGCCCCCCUCUGCUUUUCAGCUGGUGAUUGCUCCGGUGAGAUUAAAUGGACUUGCUGGUAAAAUGACAACUUUUUCUUUCCUGUCUUGGUCCUGCCUAAAAUUCCUACAAAAAAAAAAAAAUUAAGCCAAGGACUCAGGCUAGUUCUUAAAUUUAUCAUACGAAUUUGUCACUUCUAGGGGAAAAAAAAAAAAAAGGAUCAACUCCCUUAAAGCAUGUGGAGUAGCUCCUGUGACAACCAAUUAUCCAGGAGACUCCCUACAGAACUCUGUGGAUAUACCUUUUACUUAUGUGUAUGUAUGGUCUAUGUGAUAUGCAUAUCAUGUAUACACAUAUUACAUUAGGUAUGAAUGAAUGUGGUUGGAAACUCACACACACACUCCAGUCUGUAAAUAUCCUUCCUCACUGAAACCUGUGCUUUGGAAAUCAUUUCUUGUACAGCUGUGCAGUUUCUUGUAGCAGCUGAGGACAAGCUAAGACAGGAGGACAAUUUAGACAAAAUGAGCUAAAAGAGUAGAGUACAGUAUCUCCCUAGCAAUUCCUGAGAACAGACAAACCAAGUGGGAAGGUUGACUCCCAAUGGAUGGCAAACUUUUCUUCUCUCCCUUUUGAAUUUGUGUUUUCUAAGUGUGUCUUAACUUUUGAGUGCACCAGGUUGUACCUGUUAGAUCCUUUGAAUAUGACAAUUUUGUGCUUCUCUCUGACAGGAUGUUUCUCCACUGAGCUGUAGUACAGGAGGGAGGGAGGGGGGAUUACUCCUUGCCUGGGCUGGAGUUUACAGAGACACUGCACAGCUUACACUCCUGUUAAGUGUAAAUAUUCAACACUUCCAUUCCAUUUGUGUAAAAAAUAAAGCACACACGAUUAUAAAAUCAAGAUGUAUAUUUCAUA